ACUAAAGCGGAAGUGACGUCUUGCUUAUUCAAAAAUAAUAGUCGACCUGCUAUGUAGCUUUUUGGUCUUAUAAACUUUUAAAAAUGCUCUACGGGUUUAUUGAAAAAAAUACGUUUGAGACGUGAUAGUAAUUUUAAAAACAAUCCUUGUUGGGGAUAAUCCACCUGCAAAGCCACAGUUUUGCUGACAAAAUGAGCGACGUUGUGGAGAAAACGCUGACAGCUCUGCCCAGUCUUCUUUCUUUAGACUCGCAGCCUGGCUCUGCAAAACUGUCUUCCACUGCCAAACUUGGAAAUCUCAUCAGAGGAAUUACCGAGCUGACCUCCAAACACGAAGAAGAGAAACUUAUUCAGCAUGAACUGGCAUCUAUCAAAGAACAGGUGUCGUCUCCAAACACAACAAUGAGACAGAUGAGGGAGCUGAUGGUGAGGGCAGUCUACUGUGAAAUGCUGGGCUAUGAGGCUUCGUUCAGCUAUAUUCAUGCCAUUAAGCUGGCUCAACAAGGCAAUGUUCUGGAGAAAAGAGUUGGUUAUCUUGCUGUUUCCUUGUUUCUGAAUGAAAGUCAUGAACUUCUUCUUCUACUUGUAAAUACGGUCUUAAAGGAUCUUCAGAGUACAAACCUCAUUGAGGUGUGUAUGGCUCUCACUGUUGUCUGCCAAAUAUUUCCUAAAGAUAUGAUCCCUGCAAUCCUUCCUAUAGUGGAAGAAAAACUUAAUCAUCCAAAAGAAAUUAUUCGAAGGAAAGCUGUCCUGGCUCUGCAUAAAUUCCACCUGAUUGCACCAAAUCAAGUUCAGCACAUCCACAACAAGUUCCGUAAAGCUCUGUGUGACAAGGACCCCGGCGUGAUGACAGCUUCACUUCACAUCUACUUACAGCUCAUCCAGGAGAAUGCAGAAGCUUAUAAAGACUUGACAGCCAGUUUUGUCACCAUACUGAAGCAGGUUGUAGGAGGAAAGCUACCCAUGGAUUUCAACUACCACAGUGUUCCUGCGCCAUGGCUUCAAAUCCAGCUUUUAAGAAUUCUCUCAUUACUUGGAAAAAAUGACCAGAGAACAAGUGAGGUCAUGUAUGAAGUCCUGGAUGAGUCUUUGCGAAGAGCAGAGAUGAACCACAACAUCACCUAUGCAAUUUUAUAUGAAGGUGUAAAAUGUGUUUACACAAUCCAUCCUAAAUCUGAACUGUUGGAAAAGGCGGCAAAGUGCAUUGGCAACUUUGUUCUGUCACCAAAGAUUAACCUCAAGUAUUUAGGCCUAAAAGCCCUCACCUAUGUGGUCCAGCAGGAUCCAAAACUUGCUCUGCAGCAUCAAAUGACUAUUAUCGAAUGCCUUGAUCACUCUGAUGUCAUUAUCAAACGAGAGACGCUGGAGUUGCUCUUUCGGAUCACGAAUGCCCAGAAUGUCACAGUCAUUGUGGAGAAGAUGCUGGAUUUUCUGCGGCUCAGUAAAGACGAUCACACGACUAUAGACAUUGUGGGGAAGGUUGCAGAACUUGCAGAAAAGUAUGCUCCGGACAAUGAAUGGUUCAUCCAGACCAUGAAUGCAGUGUUCUCACUUGGGGGAGACAUGAUGCAGCCUGAAAUCCCAAAUGGUUUCCUUAAACUGCUGUCUGAGGGGUUUGACAGCGAGGAGGAAGACAGAAAGUUGAGGCUGUUUGCUGUGAGUUCUUACGUUUCUCUGCUGCAGGGCGAGCCCAGCAAACUGCCCCAGCGUUUCCUUCAAGUCAUCUGCUGGGUCCUGGGGGAAUACUCUUUCUUGAAGGAGGAUCUUGAGCCAUCUGUGGUCCUCGGUUUACUGACCAAGCUGCUGGACAUGAAGAGCAGCAGCAGCGAAACCAAGAGCUGGGUGUUGGUGGCAAUAACCAAGCUCUGCUGGAGUGAAGCCGCCGUCUCUGAAGCUCAGCAGGUUGCGGAAACGUACAGCAGCUCUUUCGACACAACGCUCAGACAAAGAGCGCAGGAGCUGCAGCACCUCAGCAGAGAUUCUCAACUACACUCCAGAGUUUUACCUCCAGGGGGCAGCCUGGAGCCAGAGGAGGUAGAUUCCUCUCUUUCCUUUCUGGAUGGAUUUGUGUCGGGGGCGUUGUCUGCAGGCGCUGCUCCCUAUAAACCUCUGCAUCAAAGGCAGGAGGAGCUCUCGCGUUCAAAAGUGCUGAGCCUGGAGCCCUAUGGGCUGUCUCUGCCUAUCAGCACAUCCUCCUGCAGCAUGACAGACAGACAGUCUCCAACACUGCUGUCCACCAGCUCCGGUCUGUCAGGAGACGGCACAGACUUCUCUCACAGAGGAAGCUCUACAACUUUAAGGCUGGAUGGUGUGAAGAGGGUCUGGGGGAGGGAGGGAUAUCUGGCCCAGAAGGAGCCUGUUGAGGAAGUAGCUCAGGUUGAGGUUCCCAGUCCACUGCAAUCUCCCAGCCAGCAGGGAGAUGCUAACAGCUGUCGCAGCAAGACGCCAACUCCAAUGCCCAACCCUGAAUGUGACCAAGAGAAACAGCAGCUUGCCUCCUCGCUUUUCGGUGGACUUUCUUCUCAGAGCUCUGUGUGUCUGAUGGAAAAAUCUGAGCCAGAUAUCCAGCGGUUUAGAAGGAAAGCCAAAGGUCAGCGUUCUUCCUCCACUACAAACGAGCAAAGAGCCAAUCCGACUGUCUCCUCUGCCAGUGCUGUGGAUAACUUGCUGUGUAACAACCUCCUAGAGGCUGACACGGAACCAAUCAAUUCUUCAGCCAAGCAGACAUUUCAGCAUCCUCACAGCCUCUCUGUUGCAAAUGGUGCUUGUGAUGCAGAAGCGAUUUUAACUGAUGGUGAUCCGAAGGAAAGAGACCAGCUUCUCAGCUCGGAGGACUCCGUGGAAGCAGACGAUUGCCCUCCACGUGAAGACCAAAAAAGAUCUAAAGACUUCUGUCUCACAUCUUACCUCCCCGCAGAACUCUCUGGGUUUUCACACUCAGAAAUAAUUCCCUUGUGUUCCAGCCAAAGCCUGGAUCUUUCUGCCUGUCAUGUGCAAACAGACAAUUCUGUAGUUUUGGUUGUUUUUAUUACAAAGACCUCAGAAGAUGCCAAUCUGCAGAUACAAGUGUUAAGUGAGGAACUUGAAGUGCUCUGUGUGUGUGAAAGUCCUGUGGAGGAAGUUAGAGGCCGUAGUGUUUCAGUGCGUCAAUAUUCUUUAACCGUAAAAAUGCCUCUGGUUCACUUUGAGCUGGUCGGGAUGUUGUCUUACUCCAUACCUGCUGGGAUGCCGCAGGCGAUGAUGCAGUUUUCAUACAAACUCCCUCUAACUAGCUUCAUCAGACCUUUGACGGUAUCCACUGAGGAAUAUGGGUCCAUGUGGCUGGCCUUCUCCCAUGACACGAAACAGAACUUGACACUGAUAAAAGAGGAGCGGGAGCCCCUCACUGCCACUCUGAAUGCACUGAACAAGAAGCUCUCGCUUCAUGUUGUAGAAAUCAUAGGUGUGGAGGGUUUGGUAGCUUGCAGCCUCCUGCAAGAUCAGCCGUGUCUCAUGCACUGCCGUGUGCACGCCGGCAGGCUGGCUGUGUGGCUGCGCUCUCCGGUUGCAGACCUGCCCGACUGCCUGCUUUACCACUGCCAAAGAGCUUUGCAGGAAUCCUGACCCCAUCCUCCAGCUGCAACACCAGGGUUCACUGCAGCAAGCAGGGACAGCGCCACGCCCUCGGCCCACAGAAAGGAAAGCACCAAUGAAGGAACACUUCCUUGAUCUUGAGUUAUUGAGAAGCUUGUAGUUCUAAUAUCUCUUCAUAUAAUAUUGGUUGAUAAUUUAAAAAAACUGUAGAAAAUAACAUCUUUAGCAGAUAAUAAGCUCAGGGCUGAAAAGAAAAAAUAAAACAUGUUUUUUUUGUCCGAAAUAGAAAAUAAGCCUUCAAAUGCAUUUCAAGGCUGACUUUGAUUUUAUUUUUAUAUUUAUUUUUUCUGUCAUUUCUAGUAUUUGUUUCUGUUCACUUGUCACUUUUUUUUCUUAAAAACAUAUUGAAAAGAUGACGGGUUUUACAAAGUUUACUCCUACUUUGUUCCUAAUUUACAAACUAACAAAAAAAUACAUUUUUAAUUAUUUAAUUUAAAACUCUGUUUAGAUUCAGGACUACAGCACUACAGCUACACAUGUUUUACAUAAGUGUAUAAUUGUAAAUAUAAAUAUAUAUAAUAUAAAUCUAUUUUCACCAGGAUUUUUAUAAACGAUCUAAAAAAAAAUUUCUGAUUUGUAUUGGAACCUCCUGAAUGAAUGAAGAACCACUAGUAUCACUGUUUUGUUAUUUUUUUUUUAAUUUAUAAAUGUGCUUUAAACAGGUGACAAUGAAAUUAUGACUAUUACAUUACAUAAAUGGUAAUACUUUUUUUUAACCAGUGUGUCUUGCAUCAAACUUGUUUGUCUGAAUCUUCUGACCUUAAAACCUUUAGACCUGCUGUGUUUUUUGAUGAUGCAAUGCAAAGGAAAAAGGUUCUAUUAAAAAAAAAAAAAAGUUUGCAUUAUCAUCACUCUACAUUUAAGGAAACAUGUGUCUUAAAGACAGCAGUCAUGUUUUCAUUACAUUUCUUUCUUUCGUGAUAUUACAUUUUUGCAGGUGUUACCUCAUGUGUAACAGGGUUUUGUAUGCAUUCUUUUGGGCUGUUAUGUCUUAAUGUCAUGUUUUCAUUCAUCUGUUUUUGUAUCAAUAUAGUAUUGAAGCAUGCUUCUUAGGUUUGUGCUCAGGUUUGUUUGGCACAUAGAUUUAUGUCUUAGCCUGGGUUCAUUCAUGCAGCCUAAAGGGAAAGUUUGUUUAAUUUUUCUAAAUUGAAGCGUAAUGCUUAAAGCUCUUAACAAACUUUUAACCUUAUGCCUUAUGUUUUAAUACCAAGAUGGUAUACUUGAGCUGUGCCUGUGGCACAGAGAGGAGUUCUUGUCUUGUUGGUGUGCCUAUCAAUACCUUCUGCAAAAUGUACUAAUAAAUGUAAAAUUUAAAAAUUACCUUGAAAA